GAAAAUGUGAGGAAGUUGAAAAGAAAAAAAAAGGAACAAGGGCUUAAAUUACAUUUUAAUUGGAUCUGAUUACUAUAACAGUAUCGUUAGCAGAGAAAUAAACAAAUAGAAAAUCGCGUAUAAUUCGUAAACUGAAGCUAAGUCGAUUUGAAAAAUGAAAUUUGAAAAUGGCGCCGUUCAAACGUCUCCCAGGGUGUCCAACACUCGAAACAAGUUUUCUCGGGCAGUGUCGACAACAACGAGAAAAGAGACAUUGUGAUGGAACACGAUCAAAUGGACGAAAACACAUCGACGAUCGAUCCUAUCGUCAUUAUCGUCAAGUUAUGCGUUUUUGCCGAUAUAUUUAAAUACAUUAGAAAACUGAGAGAAAAUCGUAAAUAAUGAAAACCGUGUUUCUCGACAAAAAUAGUAAUAAAUGUCGUAAACUUUACGUGAGGAGUUACGUAAUUUUGAUUUGUUGUUGAACGUAGUGAAAAAGGCGCCAAAUUGAAAUGUGGAUGCGUAUCGCGACAACAAACUCGUGGAGGUUCAAUAACAAAAAGUGAUAAACAAAAGAAGAAAAUAGAAAAAAAGCAAUUAAGAUAAAAUAAAAUGAUCGAUCAAUUAAAUAAGUGUAUUAGUUUAACGACGAUAUUUGCGUCCUCGAAGUGUAUGUGAACAUAUUUUUCUAAGAUAAAAUAAUUGCCUUGCUCGUCGUAAAAUCGAUGAAGCUGGAACGAUAACGUGGAUCUUUCGAAUAUAACACUCACUCAGUGGGUUGUUUGGUAACGGCACACACGCAGCGUUUUUUAAAGCGAUAGAAUACAUUUCAUUGAUACUGGUUGCGUCGAAGUGAGAUACAGGUCAAGGGUCGAAACGGUUCAAUUUUAUUUUUCAUUUAUUCGAAUGUGAGAUAAAGAAAAUAAAAACGCCAGAAGAAGAAGAAGAAGAAGAAAAAAAAAGGAGGAAAGAAAAAAGAAGUUAGAAAAAUGAUAAUCUGUUCUCGUGGAAGCUCGUUGAUACGAGUUUGCGUAUCGACUCAGCUGAGGACAUUACAACAAAUUUCGAGAAAAGAAGCAGACGUUGCUGGUAUUGUUGUUGGUACCGCAAGAAAUAUGGCGUCCAGUAGUAAUACGAAGGAUAUGGUUGUACCAAAAGAAGAAGUCGUCAGAUUCAUUAAGGAAUGCAUGUGCAAAGUGGGAACACACGAAAAAGAUGCUCACGUAGUUGCAUGCCAUUUAAUGACCUCUGAUUAUCGCGGUCACUUUAGCCAUGGUAUGAACAGAAUGCAGAUGUACGUGAACGAUAUUCAAAAUAAAAUCAUCGAUCCUGUCGCCAAACCAGAGAUCAUACGAGAUUUUAAGGCGAUAGCUUUGGUAGACGGACGAAAUGGUUUGGGUCAGGUAAUCGGCAAGUAUUGUAUGGAAUUAGCGAUAAAAAAAGCUAAGGAAUAUGGCAUUGGUAUGGUAUCAGCUCGAGGAUCGAAUCAUUUUGGUAUUUGUGGUUAUUAUACGUUGAUGGCUAUGAAACAGGGUCUGAUUGGUUUCAAUUGUACUAACACGAGUCCUUUGAUGGCACCGACGCGUAGCAAAAAAGCUGCUUUGGGAACAAAUCCUUUGUCCUUAGGCAUGCCUGCAGAAAAUGGGGACGAAUUUCUUUUGGAUAUAGCUACUACUGCCGUGGCACUGGGGAAAAUUGAGUUGGCUAUGAGAAAAGAUGAGUCGAUACCCCCGGGCUGGGCUCUCGACAGUCAUGGUAAAAUUACUACGGAUGCUCAAAAUGCUUACGAUGCGACUCUCCUGAUGCCUUUGGGUGGCGAAGAACGAAAUUCGGGUUAUAAGGGUUACGGAUUUGCUACUAUGGUCGAAGUUCUUUGCGGUGUUCUUUCUGGCAGCCAGUUUGGACCGAACAUUCGUGCUUGGAAAAAAGGCGACAAGAUUGCUGAUUUAGGACAUUGUUUCAUGGCUAUCGAUCCCGAGGCUUUCGGUACUGAUUCGAAAAAGAGAUUGGCGGUUUUGCUCGGUCAACUUCGGGAACUUCCAACUGCAGGUGAACUACCCGUUCUCGUGGCUGGUGACACUGAAAGAUGUGCCAUGGCGAAGGUCGAUAGAGAAGGUGGAAUAGAAUAUCAUCCAAAUCAAAUAAAAGACUCUGCUGAAUUUGCUCAAAUCAUGGGGGUCUUGCCCAUGAAAUUAAUACCUAAAAUUUCCACUUAGAUUUUAAGACGUUUGCAUAUUAUAUUGCGUAUGAUACUGUUAGAUAGAUUAGAUUUAGAUUUCGGUUAAAUCAAUUUUUAAGACCGAGGAACAAAUUAGUGACCAUUAAUAUAUAGUUUUUGUGACCCCAUUAAAUAUAUAUUUUAAUUGACGAAAGACACGCGCGAUACUUGAUUAUUUUAAACAGAUAUAUUUUUCUACUAAUAAAUAAAUCUACGAUAUAUAUAAUAUAAAAAAGUUUAUUAACUGGUUACUAACUACUGUACCGACUACUGUACGAGAUUGAUUGCUUUUUUUCUAAAUAAGUCCAACAAUCUUACUAUUUAAAGUUGAUUAGAUUACGGUCAACCGCUAUGAAUAACAGGUUUGUUUACCCUAUCAACAUAAUAACUCUCUUUUACAGAACAAUUUAUUUUUCUACAAAUAUUGUAUAUUAUACAUGUAUUUUUUGUUAACAAUAAAUUUAUUUAUUUAAGCAUUUA